AUGAGUGCAGCCAAGUACGCGAACUUGCCUGACAUAGACCUAGAGGGGCAUGAUGUCUAUGAAACGCCGGACGUUCCACCAUCGCCUACUGAGGUCGAAUCUGAUGACGAAAAAGAUGCCGCUCGCGUUAGGGGCACUGCUAAUCGACCGGGUCAGGGUGAGCUUGACAACGAACCGCUGCCAUCGACAGAGACCUCGGGCCGAUUCUUCAGACACGCAGAGAGGAGAGCUCGCCGCCAGCGCGAGCUCUACUCGUAUCCUGAUUCGUCAUAUUCGUCUUCCAGGUCCCCCUCACCUUCACGCUCAAACCUACCUCUAUCUCAGCGGAUUGAACUUAUGAAGAAUGAAUUGGCCAACUCGAAGCCGAAGCUUCGUACAAGGUUAAUCAACGCCAUGGCCAACGGCAAGAACAAGGAUAAGGCAAAGCCCGAGGCCGAUAGCUCAGUGCGGAACGUGGUCCCCCACAGCGCCCAGCCGGAGAUUGCCAUUCCACAUGGUGGAGGAGUAGUCGAUAUGGACCAGCGUAUUGCGCAACUUGAGAAACUUAUCGGUGCUUCGGGAACAUCGCUCGAUGAAUCAUCGCCCCUGCCCCAGCCGCUUCUACCCCACUUGACACGGAUAUCCAAUCUCCUCACUCUCCUGGCUCAGCCUCGCCAUAUCGACUCUAUCUCGCGUCGUCUCAAAUUGCUAUUGACCGACUUGGAACGCUACAGUGCAUCCGGGACCCCUUCGGGCCCUGGGGCACCAUUGCCCCCUGCAUUGGCCGAACUUGCGCCACUCCUACAACGACUCGCACCACACAUCACGACUAUCCCCGCCGUUCUAGCCCGUCUACGAACAUUGAGUGCGCUCCACGCUUCAGCCGCCGGCUUUGGGGAUGCCGUCAGCGGUCUGGAGGAAGACCAGCGGAGGCUAAGGGCAGGCCUAGCCGAUCUCGAAGAGGCAGUCAAGGGCCUUGAAGGCAGUAUCAGCGACAACUCGGGAACUAUCACUCGCAACGUGGAGGGUUUGGAGACGAGAAUAUCAUCGCUCGAAGAAAGAUUGGCAGGGUUAUCGGCAGUGUAG